AUGAAUAACCGAAAGCGAUUGCCGUUGAUUAUAAUUGGACUACUUUUUCUAUGGUACAUCUUCAACCCAUUUGCUUUCAUUUCGCACAUUUUCCAUACUUCAACGGUACGUUCAUAUCCUCCUCCUCACCCGUAUUCUUCUAAGCACACGAUUGAAACCCAGUUGAAGCUGAUAUAUCCACGUAUACAGGAUGCAAAUUAUUUGAAACAACUUGGAGUUCGAAAUUUAAUAGCACUGGUAAAAACACCAGGAUAUGAUGAACCCGAACUCAAGUCCUUGAACAUAUUAGAUGACGAAGAUACAAGUGUUCAAAAAGCCAAAGAAGACGAACAAAAUGAGAAGGAUCCGUUGUUAAAAGCUAAAAAUUAUUUCAAGAAUCAGGACAAAAUUGUUUAUAGACCAAAGUCCCUAGACAAUUAUCCCGAGGUGGUUAUUGUUACAGUUGUUGAUUUCAACAAGUAUUCUGAGGGGGGAUUAGUCAAGAUUGUUCAAAAUAGAGUAGACUAUGCUCAUUAUCAAAAAUGUGGACUUUAUGUGCGUUGGGCACAAGAGUUUAUUCCACAACUUGGAUCGCUUGCGGCUUUAGAAGAUGACCAGAAAUCAAAAUGGGUUAGGCUAUUUUGUUUAAGAGCCGCAAUGUUUGCUUUUCCCCAUGCUCAAUGGUUCUGGUAUUUGGAUGAGAAUGGACUUAUUAUGGAUAUGUCGCGCAACAUUCAACAAAUUUUAUUAAAUCCAGAAGCUUUAGAGAAGCAAAUGUUACGGGACCAGCCAUUGAUUCCACCAGAUGGAUUGAUCAAAACAUACAAAAGCACAAAAGCAAAGUCAAUCAAGUUGAUAGCUGCACAAUUGGAUACAAUGAUUGAAACCGGUUCGUUUUUUGUUAAAAAUGACGCCUUUGGUAAAGCGCUAGUGGAUAUUUGGAGCGAUAAACUUUAUUUGAAUUACAAAAGUUUCCCGUAUGAAACUGACUCGGCCUUAACUCAUAUAUUGCAAUGGCAUCCUCUUGUGUUGAGCAAGACCGCUCUUGUUCCUGCUAAAGCCAUCUGUGCUCCCCAUUCUAGUAAAGACUCAAAGAACACUUAUCAAGAUGGAGACUUUGUUGCAUCAUGGAGCUCAUGCAAGACCAAUGAAGAAUGCGAAUCGAUUCUAAAUAUUUAUCAAAACAAAUUGACAGAGUCAAAACCUUAG